AUGGUUAAAGAAGACAGAGAAGCUAUGGAAGGCAUUGGAAAUCCAGCUUUUAACAUGAGCAGCCCAGAUCUCUCAGCAUAUCAGCCUUCAGAAGAGAAAGUUAUUAGACAUGACAUGCUGGAUCGCACCCUUGCAGCUCACCAACAAAAAUUCAGGCUGCUAGCCUCUGCUGAACCAAAAGGAAAUGAAUACAGCAGAAAUUACUUUGACCCACUGAUGGAUGAGGAAAUAAACCCAAGGCAGUGUGGGAUGGAGGUCAGCAGAGAGGUUGAUAAUAGAAUGCUCUGUGAUAGAUUAAUGAGGCUGUUUGAAGAGAGUGGACGAGGAGAACCCUGA